CCCACACCAUGUACCUGUGUGCCAACUGGUCUGGGUUCUGGGGCUUCUGCAGGUAUAGCUGUCUUAGCUAUCCUGUUAGUGGCUUCUGUCAUCAUCAACAUCAUUCAAUUCAUCAUGUUGAGGAGACAUGAGACCAGACCAGGUUUUGAAGAGUCACACAAAACUGUUUCUAGAGAAGAAAGACAUGUAUCCCAUGAGGCAAACGACAACACGGCGUAUGAGAUGAUUCAGAACGGAGAUAAAGCAUACACAUCUCUCAAACUCGGUCCAUCCGACUCUCCCAUCAUUGCUCCUGAAAACGUGACGUUUUUCACCAGACUCGGUUCAAUUGGACGGGGUGACUUCGGCGGAGUAUGGAAGGGGGAACUCCGCUCGAAUCAAAGUCAAGUAGACGUUGCUAUCAGGCAGAUUCCAGAUCAAGUGACCAUAUCAACCAACGUUCUUCGAGCUGUCAAGGUCCUUUCUGAGCUACCGGAUCAACCGAAUGUUGUCAAGUGCCUGGGAUAUUGUCAAGAACAAGGUAGCAUUCUGUAUGAGUUCAUCUCUGGAGGUACCCUACUCACCCAUCUACAGACCACAGGGGUGCAAUCCCAACCCACAUACGGCAAUCUCAAACCAAACGGAGUUCGUAUCGAUGAAGGUAGUCUACUCAACCUGGCUUGGCAAAUUGCAAAAGGGAUGCAGUAUCUUGCAUCAAAGAAGAUCAUCCACGGAACUCUUUGCGCUCACAAUGUGUUAAUAGCUGAUAGAAAGCAAUGCAAGCUAUCAGAUUAUGGAUUAUCUUCAUUAUUGUUUAGCGGCAGAGGUAAACCAACAAGAUGGAGUUCGCCUGAAACCAUGGUUACGGGUGACCAAUCAACAGAAGGAGAUAGCUGGUCUUUUGGUAUCGUCUUGUGGGAAAUUGUGACAUUAGGGGCGAGGCCAUACCCUAAAAUGACCUUUGACACUGUCCAAAUGGAGAUUGCCAAUGGUUACCAGAUGUCACGCCCUCGCCAUUGUGGACAAGAAGUGUAUUCGGUCAUGUCUGGUUGUUGGGAGAAGGAAGCUACACAUCGGAGUAACUUUGAUCAGAUCCUCAAGAGUUUGGAAAGGAUUCUAGAAAAGACUCAUAAUUACCUUUCUCUCAAUGACUUGGAUGAAGGAUUGUAUGCGUCUACACUGGACAUGUGAAAUUAAGCCUUGUUCGGAUGUGCAGCGAUACUACAAUGCAUCUACAUCUUUUACACUGUAGGAUGGUUGGAUCCAAGCCAACUAGCUCGGACUACAGGGAUAUUAUAGGAAAAUUAUAGAGACUAACUGCUGUAACAUUUAAACAAGAAUGAUGAAUCAUGCUAUCGAAAAUGCUUGUUUGAAUUGUGCAUAUGUAUAUAUAUAUAUAUACGUCU